GUGCUGGCAAUUUAUGGCUUGGUAUUCAUGGUCAUAUUGCCUGUUGUGGUGGGUAUAUGGUGGUAUCGUUCCAUCAAGUUCAGCGGAGAUCAAGUUCUGCUGGACACGUCUAGACUGUUUUAUUACUUCAUCAGUAAGACUCCCAACAUGAUUCUCAAACGUGCUCUUAUGGUGCUGGCUGCUUCAUUUGAGUUUGAUCGAUCGCACAAUGCUGAAAUCAUUGAAAGACCUACGGACAAUGAAGAGCUGCCUCUGUUAAUAAAGCAGCUUCAGAACGUCCAGGAGAAGAAUAAAGAGCGACCUCUGUGUUUUCCGUACAGUGUCAAAGCAAGGGCACUACUGCUUGCUCACUUCCAGAGAAUACCUUUGGGUCCAGACACUCUAGCACUAGACCAGAAAUAUAUUUUGAAGAAGUGUCCUUAUCUGAUCAACGAUAUGGUCAACAUGUGUGCCAGCAUCGUGGCCAUGGCUAUGACUGGAAGAGCAAGCCAGCCACCCCGCCUGGAGACGGUUGAGAAUAUAAUGAAACUGAGUCAGAUGGUUGUCCAGGCGCUAGAUGAAAAGUCCAGCCCAUUGCAGCAACUACCUCAUAUUACUGCUGAAAUGCUGCGGCAUUUUACUACACGCAAGGUAUCGGGACAUUCGUCACAUCGUGACUUGGUGAAUAUGAAAGAUGAAGACAGACGGCUAAUGCUGAGGAGCCUUUCCGACAGCGAGUACCUGGAUGUGAUCUCAGUGUGUGCCAAAAUGCCAUAUGUGGAAAUGAAUAUCAAAACUGAAGUUCUAGAUGAAGAAGACACAACUAUCACAGUGGGCUCCAUCGUUACAGUUACGGUGAACUUGGUGAGGAAAGACAUGGGAGACAAUUUUGAGAAACAAAUACUCCUGCCUUGUUUCGGGGAGGAGAUGGGAGAUCACAUAGAAGCUGUGACAGGAAAAGAGGAAGAAGCUGAAGAAAGGGAACAUGACGAGGAUGAGACUGAUGAAAAACAGGCUGACCAGAAUGCACAUGCUGAUCACAAGACAAAAGGAUGGGAGAAAAACAAGAGAGGCAAGAAGAAAAGUGGGAAAGUUAAGAAGAAAGUCAAGCAGAUUUACCAGUGGAAGUCAGUAGUGCAGCCCAAAACAGAUGCUUCAAAUCCGGCAGCUUCGAAAACAAGUCCAGAAACAGAUUCGCCUAAAUCCUCCAAAUCACCGAAAACAGAAGAAAAAGAGAAACAUACUGUUGAGGAAGGUGAAGAAGUGACAGAUGAAGAAAACAAUGGCUCAGAAGUAGAAGAAGAAGAGGCACAUGAUGCUGAAGAGAAACCAAAGCCCAAGAAAGCUCAAGUUGAAGAGGAAGACGAAGAAGAUGAUUGGGACACCUACAAGAUGGAAUCAAAGAAAGAGAAUUCAUUGGAUACAAAGCUGAAAGAGAGUCACGUGGUACACUGUCCGUACUUCCCUGGGGAGAAGCAAGAAGGCUGGUGGAUGUAUGUUGCUGAUCGCAAGCGCCACCUUCUGGUCACAGCACCUGUCCAUAUAUGCAGUUUGAAGACUGAGGAAGAGAUUCAGCUCAAAUUUUCGGCGCCCUCAAAACCUGGCCAUUAUCAGUAUACAGUGGUUCUUCGCUCAGAUUCCUAUUAUUUGGAUUUUGACCAGUCUCAUGUAGUGAAGCUUGAUGUCAAGGAGGCAAAGGUGGUCAAGGACCAUCCACAGUGGGACAUUUCAGAAGAUGAGGAUGACAAGGGCAAGGAGGAUGAUGAAGGAAGUGAAGAUGAUGAGUCAGAGUACAGCUCCGAUGGAAAUGGGUCAGACUGA